AUUUCCAUGGCUUCAACUCGCGAGGGUCACUACAGAGGAGUGAGAAAGCGUCCCUGGGGCCGUUACGCCGCAGAGAUUCGCGACCCAUGGAAGAAAACACGUGUUUGGUUAGGCACUUUCGACACUCCCGAAGAAGCUGCACUCGCUUACGACGGCGCCGCCCGUUCACUCCGCGGCGCUAAAGCCAAAACCAACUUCCCUCCUCCUCCUCCUCCUCCUCCGCCGCCUUCUUCCGUUCCUCUUCCAAUCGACCUCAACCUUCCAUCUGAUCACCGGUGGACUUCGCCCUCCGGACGUAGACUCAUGAUUGGGGAGUUUCUACAAGUAGGUCCGCCGCCGGAAGUGAACUUGCCGGUCACCGGCGCCGCGCCGGCGAAGGAAAAUGACGGUGGAGCUGCGGCUAUGUAUUUUGGGUUCGUGAGACGUGGGUUGCCUAUUGACUUGAACGAACCGCCGCCGUUGUGGAUGUGAGGCGGCAGCGGAUAAUUAAUGACUUGGUAAAAUUACUUUUUCGUUUUUUUCUUUUUUGUCAUUCUCUCUAUUUUCAAGCUUUUGGGAGAAAGGUAAUUCCUAUGA